GUGGUCUUUGAUCUUCAUUAGUAAGUGCUUCAAGUCCUCUUCACUUCCGGCAAGCAAGGUUGUGUCAUCUGCAUAACGCAGGUUGUUAAUGAGUUUUCCUCCAAUCUUGAUGCCCCGUUCUUCUUCAUAUAGUCCAGCUUCUCAGAUUAUUUGCUCAGCAUACAGAUUGAAUAGGUAUGGUGAAAGAAUACAACCCUGACACACACCUUUCCUGACUUUAAACCCCUCGGUUCCCCUCAUUCUGUCGGAACAGCUGCCUCUUGAUUUACAUACAGGUUCUUCAUGAGCGCAAUGAAGUGUUCUGGAAUUCCCAUUCUUUGCAAUGUUAUCCAUAAUUUGUUAUGAUCCACACAGUCGAAUGCCUUUGCAUAGUCAAUAAAACACAGGUAAACAUCGUUCUGGUAUUCUCUGCUUUCAGUCAGGAUCCAUCUGACAUCAGGAAUGAUAUCCCUGGUUCCACGUCCUCUUCUGAAACCAGCCUGAAUUUCUGGUAGUGUCCUGUUGAUAUACUGCUACAGCCGGUUUUGAAUGAUCUUCAGCAGAAUUUUGCUUGUGUGUGAUAAUAACGAUAUUGUUCUAUAAUUUCCACAUUUGGUCGGAUCGCCUUUCUCAGGAAUAGGCAUAAAUAUGGAUCUCUUCCAAUCAGUUGGCCAGGAAGCUGUCUUCCAUAUUUCUUGGCAUAGAUGAAUGAGCACCUCCAGCACUGCAUCUGUUUCUUGAGACAUCUCAAUUGAUAUCCCAUCAAUUCCUGGAGCCUUGUUUUUCGCCAGUGCCUUCGGAGCAGCUUGGACUUCCUCCUUCAGUACCAUCGGUUCCUGAUCAUAUGCUACCUCUUGAAAUGGUUGACCAUCGAGUAAUUCUUUUUGGUAUAAUGACUCUGUGUAUUCCUUCCAUCUUGUUUUGAUGCUUUGUGCAUCAUUUAAUAUUUUCCCCAUAGAAUCCUUCACUAUUGCAACUCGAGGCUUGAAUUUUUUCUUCGGUUUUUUCAGCUUGAGAAGCGCCGAGCAUGUUCUUCACUUUUGGUUUUCCAUCUCCAGCUCAUUGCACAUGUCAUUAUAAUACUUUUCUUCUGUAUUCUCGAGCUGCCCUUUGAAGUCUUCUGUUCAGUUCUUUUACUUCAUCAAUUCUUCCUUUUGCUUUAGCUGCUCGAUGUUCGAAAGCAAGUUUCAGAGUCUCCUCUGACAUCCAUCUUGGUCUUUUCUUUCUUUCCUGUCUUUUCAAUGACCCCUUGCUUUCUUCAUGUAUGAUGUCCUUGAUGUCAUUCCACAACUCGUUUGGUCUUCGGUCACCAGUGUUCAGUGGGUCAAAUCUGUUCUUCAGAUGGUCUCUAGAUUCAGGUGGGAUGUACUCAAGGUCAUAUUUUGGCUCUCGUGGACUUGCUGUGAUUUUCUUCAGUUUCAGCUUGAACUUGCAUAUGAGCAGUUGAUGGUCUGUUCUGCGGUCAGCCGGUGGCCUUGUUCUAACUGAUGAUAUUGAGCUUUCCCAUCAUCUCUUUCCACAGAUGUAGUCAACUUGAUUUCUUUGUGUUCCAUCUGGCGAGGUCCACUUGUAUAGUCGCCGUUUAUGUUGGUGAAAGAAGGAAACCAAAUAUCUUUUGCCAUCUUUGGAAAAAGAAUUAUUCUUGGCAGAGCACAGUGACCUUGAAGAAGGUGGACUGGACCUGACUGUGUCGUUAAAACCAGUUAGUUUCUAUAUAUCAGACAAAAAAGAAAUGCUUCAGCAGUGCUUCUGUAUCAUAGGGGAGAAGAAGUUACAGAAGAUGCUUCCUGAUGUGUUAAAGAACUGUUCAAUAGAAGAAAUUAAAAAACUAUGCCAGGAACAGUUAGAACUCCUGUCUGAAAAAAAAAUCUUGAAGAUUCUUGAGGGUGACAAUGGUAUGGACUCUGAUAUGGAAGAGGAGGCAGAUGAUGGCUCUAAGAUGGGAUCUGAUUUAGUCAGUCAACAAGACAUGUGUAUAGAUUCUACUUCAUCCCUGAGGGAGAACAAGCAACCUGAAGGUUUAGAAUUAAAACAAGGCAAAGGGGAAGAUAGUGAUGUACUCAGUAUAAAUGCAGAUGCUUAUGACAGCGACAUAGAAGGCCCAUGCAAUGAAGAAGCAGCUGCUCCCGAGGUCCCGGAAAAUACAGUCCAAAGUGAAGCUGGUCAGAUAGAUGACUUGGAGAAAGACAUUGAGAAAAGUGUGAAUGAGAUUCUGGGACUGGCAGAGUCUAGUCCAAAGGAACCCAAAGCAGCCGCCCUGGCUGUUCCUCCACCAGAAGAUGUCCAGCCUUCUGCACAGCAGCUGGAGCUGCUAGAACUUGAGAUGAGGGCAAGAGCCAUUAAGGCGCUAAUGAAAGCUGGUGACGUAAAAAAGCCAGCAUAGUUACUGAAUUUGAAUUUUAGGUGUAUUUGAAUGAAGCCAUGUCAUAUAAUUUUGUAUGUGAAGUUUAUUUUGGGUCUUAUUUGACAUUUCUCAUGUAACUCUUAUUAGGUAAACUGAUCAUAGGCCUAAAAUGUCUGGUUGUUUUUUGUUACUUUUAUAUAUGUGUGUGAUUGUUUUAUGAAUUCAUGACAAAUAUAGUUGGAUAGCCUGGAUAUUUUGUUAGAUUAGUAGUUAGCUACGUCUGCAAAUUAGUAGUAUCUUGAAAGCCAUUAGCAAAGAGUCACAGUGUUUUUUCUUUACUUUUAAAUAUUUUGACACCAAACCUAAAUGCUUCAGAAAGAGUGACCGAGCACAUUGCUCUUAAGGCUACCUGUAUUUCGCAGUAGAAUAUUAAAUUAUUACUUCUAGAUUUGUUAACAAUUUAAGAAAUUUUGUUUAUCUGCACUUUUAAAAUACAUGCUGUCUUGGAGAUGCCUUCUACUGGUGUGAAUUUACUAGUUAAAACAAUCGCAGUUUUUUAUAAGGAUGAGAUCCCAAAUAGCUGAGAAAAAUUUUUUUUUAAUAAGUGAAAAUAAGUGACUUAAUUUACAGCAAUUAUUAACAAUGUAGAACUAAUUGCCCAAGUUUAAUUCCAGCAGACAAGUCAGUCUGACAGGUAUUUGAUAUUAUUGGACACUUAGUUCAAGUUUUUUUGUUUUCAGUAAAAAAGGAACAAAUUUUCAUUUACAUUCCAAGCUAUCAGGAAAAGGAGAAUGUUUUAUUGUAUAAUAUUUCAUUUGGUGUUUUUUCUUGAAGAUCUGAGGUGAUAUAAACUCCAUGAGUCAAAAAAAAAAAAAAGACUCUCGUUCUGGAGCUGAAGACUUUUGAUACUUUUCCAAAAGUGAAAUUAAUUUCAGGGACCUUUGAUAGGUUGAUGUCAUCAUUAAUCUAAUUUUGUAUAGUUUUUGUAAAUAAAUUAACAUCCUGCCAUAAUGAAAAAUGCUUUUUCCUCCCGUCACUAAUUGCAGUUGUUUGAUACCCAAAAUAAACUUAGAUAGGGACCCCUAACUUAAAAUAAAUUAAUUUUUCUUCAUGAAUAUAAAUCUCGGACUAUUGUUUUAUAUUUGAUUACAACUUUAGCAUAUUUUAUUUAUAAGUGUUAUUAUUGGUGUUGGAUGAGAAUCUUCCUUAUAUGUAAAGCUCUUGUAGGGGUUGUAUUUUACUAGCUGGCUUAAUGAUAUGUUCAUUUUAGUAGCUUUCUUAUGGAACUGGAGGGCAUUUAUUAAACAUUGGAGUUGCAGUUACAAUUUUUUUUUUUUUCCCAAACAUGCCUUUAAAAUAACCCUGCCUUUUUUUUUCUUUCUUUCAUGAAUCUUUCUGAUGAAACCCAGAGGCCUAUAUCAUUUGAGAUGAUUCUCUUACACUGGUAAAUAUGGAUAUGAUUUAAACAGUAGUUCUCAUUGUUACUGCUUUAGGAUGAAAAAGCGUUGAUUGUGGUAAAAUAAUUUUUCUAUUCCAAAUUAAAUUAAAAGUUAAAAUAAUAAAAAUAAUAAACUUCACUGCUGCUUACAAAUUAUAAAAUGCAAUAGAUGUCAUUUGUGCAAUUAAACAUUUGGCAUGAAGGUAGAAAAAGGCCUGAGUGCUCUAUGACCUAUUAAAGUCACCAGAUUCAUGGA